CGGCAGCAGCGGCGGCGGCAGCGGGCGCGGCCCCAGCACGGGCAGGAGCCGCCGCCGGGCGCCAUGGGCUGUUAGCGCAGCUGGCGCCCUCGCUCUCCCGCCGGAAGGAGCCGCCGCCGCCGCUGCCUCGUGCCUCCCUCCCUCUCCGCCCCGCUCGGUUCCUCUUCCCGCCUCGCCCGCCGCCCGGAGCCCAUGAGCCUGAACGAGCACUCGAUGCAGGCGCUGUCCUGGCGGAAGCUCUACCUGAGCCGCGCCAAGCUGAAAGCCUCCAGCCGGACCUCCGCGCUGCUCUCCGGCUUCGCCAUGGUGGCUAUGGUGGAGGUCCAGCUAGAUGCAAACCAUGACUACCCUCAAGGUCUCCUGAUAGCUUUCAGUGCCUGUACUACUGUCCUUGUUGCCGUUCACCUGUUUGCACUCAUGAUAAGUACUUGCAUUCUUCCAAAUAUAGAGGCUGUCAGCAACGUGCACAAUCUCAACUCGGUGAAGGAGUCUCCCCACGAGCGCAUGCAUCGGCACAUCGAGCUUGCCUGGGCCUUUUCUACUGUUAUUGGGACUUUGCUUUUCCUUGCAGAGGUGGUGUUACUCUGCUGGGUGAAGUUUCUCCCCUUAAAGAAUUCAUCCCAGAACAGCAGCUCUACCAUCACAUCAGGAGAGGCAGCAGCCAUCGCAUCAACAUCUAUUAUGGUUCCCUUUGGACUGAUCUUCAUUGUGUUUGCAGUCCACUUCUACCGCUCCCUGGUGAGCCAUAAAACAGACAGGCAAUUUCAAGAACUCAACGAACUGGCUGAAUUUGCCCGGCUCCAGGAUCAGCUGGACCACAGAGGCGAUCCCAUCUCCCCAGGUGUUAGCCACUUUGCAUAAACCUGUACUUACAGAAAAUAAAUGCACUAUUCUGCUUCUGCCUUGCCAUGUUGACUCCCCCUGCAUGAACUGGUUCAACUAUAGAUUUGUUUUUAAAGAGAGAUUUAUAAAUGUUGUCUUAGCGUUUUUAAGGGGAAAAAAAGAAGAGUGUUGUUGUCAUACCACUGUGGAUACCUGCCUUCUGGAGGAAUGGAUGGUGGGGUAAUCGUGAGUCUUCCUCCCCUAACGAGUCCUCUGCAGAUUGCUUCUUGUUACUCGUGAAUGGUGGCUACAUAAAUACAUGGAGAAUAACACUGUAAUUUUUGGUCUUUGUUAGGGUUGGAUAGAGAAGCACUUUUCCUCUUUACUUGAUGUUGGCAUUUACUAGAAGAUACUGCUUGUCCAAUACAUGUUGCAUGGCAUGAUACAAAUUACUUGGGAUACGCAGCAAUUAGCACUUGGUUUCGGUGCUAGCGCUGUGCUCUCUGGAAAGCCUGACAGAUGGUGGAGCGAAAGCUUUCCCACCGCUUUCCCCGCUGUGUUUUGCUGCCAAGUAAUUAUUACUUCACUGAUUUCUCUAGCGCCUUUUCCCAUGGCAGUUACACAUUUUAUAGCCCCCAAAAUA